AUGUUAAUAUUUUUUAUACAAAUAAUCUCUGCAACAUAUUUGUCUAUCAUUUCAGAAGAUAGUAAACUGGCAUCCAUUUAAAUAAUAUAGCCAAAGUCAGGAAAUACAAAACGCUUAGUCUAUAGAUUGGGAACCGAAGAUGAGUAAAUUAAUUAUAAUAAAAAAGUUAGUGCAUUAUAAGUGUUAAUGGUGAACCAUUAUUUACAUAUAAAAUACAGGAUCAUGAAUUUGAAAUCCUAACAGGAUUCUCAACAUCAGAUGGAGUUAAGAUAGUUGAUCCAGAAAAUAAGUUUUAUUUUAGAGAUCUUUAAUAGCCAAUGCUAUUCGUUUUAGAUGAUUUUGAAAUUCCAUUAGAUGGUUGGAGUGAUACUAGAGUUUCUCAAUGUUAAACUAUAUAGAACUAUUUUUUAGGAGGUCCAUGCUACUUUUCUAAUAAUACUGUAUCUAAAACAUUUGUAGGAUUACCAUCUCAUGAAUACAUUACAAUUUCAUUUAAUUUUCACUUUAUAGAUCAAUGGUAAGGAGAAAUAGCAUAAUUGAGAGUUGACAAAUUGAUUGUAUGGUAAGAUACAUAUAAUUGGUGUGAUAAAGUGAUGCCUUGGUUAUGUUACAAGUAAGGAAUUAAUAGUUGUGGAGGAGAUGCUCCAGAUUAAAUAGGAUAAGCUAUAAGGCUUACGUUGUAUCAUAUUAACUCUUUUGUAAACUUAGAGUUUUCAACUACUUUAGGUAAGAAGGAUGCCUGCUAAGCAUCUUGGGGAAUUGAUAAUGUUGCUAUUUAUGUAUAUUGA